AUGGCUGAUAAUGUGACUGGUAUGGCAACUGUCACUGGUUGGGGAACGACGAGUCAAGGUGGAUCUUUAUCAGAAACUUUAAGAGCAGUUGAUGUGCCGAUUAUGACGGAUGAUGAAUGCAGGAAAGCUUAUGAAGAUAUGAUUGAGGAUUCGAUGAUUUGCGCUGGGUAUGAAGAAGGAGGAAAAGAUUCUUGCCAGGGUGAUUCCGGCGGACCAUUUGUGCAAAGAUCAGAAAGCGGAGUGUCCACUUUAAUAGGAAUAGUUUCAUGGGGGAAAGGUUGUGCUCAGCCAAACAAUCCUGGAGUUUACACAGAAACUGCCCAUUUUAUGGAUUGGAUUGUGCGUACUAUGAAUAUGAUAGAAGGCAUUACUGUUCCUAGUAAUUCUUUAUAA